AUGAACUUCUACGCAUAUCGGUUGAUGAUUCGUGCUAAUGAAGACAAUAAUAUUCUCCGAUGCUCCCAGCUGUUUCAUCAAAAUAUCGUUGACAUGUAUGCGAAAAUUAAAAGCGAGCGAUUACGAUACAUUAGGUAUAAUCAAGCGAAACUUCGAGCUGAGGAAUAUAUUCAUCUGCGUGAUGCUAUUGUUGGUAACGUAGAUGGAAUAACUAAUAUGGUAGCCCACGUCAUAUGCAAGAAUAUAUUCAAGACGCCAUGA